CCUUUGCCAAACAACCACCUUCUUCUUUCGGACACAUUAUAAACUUCUCAUUUGGCAACUCAACUUCGCUCAGUCCACUUCAGCGUAGUAACAACUUCUUUUCCGCUGCGAAGUUGAACGCCGAUAGAUUUCCCUAGAUUUAUCUCAUUCCUAGUUAUCCUAUCAGGCCAUUUGCUUCUAUACCAUUGCUUUUGAGGCGUUGCUACACCGCAGCAAUACUUCAUCUAGUUGUUUCCAGUCUGCCAUUGACCAGAUACCCGCGUCAUAGUCACCGAUGCUCAGCCCAUCCGGCUCCGAAAACUCCUUUGUCUUUCUUGAAGGAAGUCCGAAGCUAACUCCGUCUCCAUCUUAUACAAAGCCGGAUCCACUUUUGGACAAGAUCCAUCCCUCUCUGCUGCCUUCAUACGUACCUGGCUCGACUCGCACAUACGCACAUGAUUGGUCUCGAACUGGAACCGGAGGAGAAAUAAAGCCCAACGGGCGGCACUUUGUCGAUUCCUAUGGACGCAUCUGCAGUUUACGCGGCGUCAACGUGUCUGGCUGCAGCAAAGCCCCGAUGAACCAUGACCAUGAUGCAUUUCCCGCUGACCACGAAGUCGUUACGUUUGUUGGCCGUCCGUUUCCACUGGAAGAAGCGCCUGAGCACUUUUCCCGUCUUAGAAGAUGGGGCUUAACCUUUAUCCGCUUUCUCGUGACUUGGGAGGCUGUCGAACAUGCAGGACUCGGCAUAUACGACAAGGAGUAUCUGACAUACGUCCGCAAGCUUCUCUUAUUGUUGCCCUCGUUCGGACUUAGCGCGUUCGUCGUCGUUCAUCAAGACGUCUGGUCCAGGUACUCGGGUGGUUCUGGCGCGCCGGCAUGGACUCUCGAGGCCGUUGGGUUUGACCUACAUGCACUCGAAGAGUCUGGAGCUGCAUGGCUACUAGGGGUCAAAGGUUGUGGUCACGUUGAAGCGGAACGUGGGAUUUGGCCCUGCGGAUACCAAAAGUUGGCCGCCGCGACCAUGGCCACUUGCUUUUGGGCUGGUGAUACCUUUGCACCCAAGUUGAAGAUUGUCAUGCCUGAUGGUCAGGCAAAACCAGUCCAGCAAUACCUCCAGGAUGCAUUCUUGGAUAUGUAUGCUGCAGUCGUACAGGCUCUGGACGGUUUAGACGGAGUUAUUGGAUUCGAGGUUAUGAACGAGCCUCAUAGAGGAUAUAUAGAAUUGCCUUCGUUGUACAAGUUCGACUAUAAUACAGAUCUGCAUCUUUCGCAUGUCCCAACUGCUUUCGAAUCUUUUAUGCUUGGCUCCGGAUACCCCACUCUCGUUGCCAACUGGACACGCUCGUUCCCUUUUCCUACUCGUCUCACUUCUCGGAGUGUUCUGAAUUCCGCUAGUCGGAAGGCCUGGCGUCCCGAUGGUCCGACACAAGGCAUGUGUGUAUGGGAGAUGCAUGGCGUCUGGGGGUGGGAUAACAGCAAGAACGAGGGUGUCGUUCUGCGCGAAAAUUAUUUUGUCAAGGACCCUAUGACUGGUCGUGAGGUUGAUUGGUACACCGAUUUCUAUUACCCAUUCCUUAAACGGUGGACAGAUCGUUCCCGGAAGGCGAUGUCGAACGAUAAAAUGUUUUUUAUAGAGCCAAUCCCCAACGAGUUUUGUCCACCAUCAUGGACAGAACAUCAACUUCCCAACAUGGUGUUUACCCCACAUUGGUACGACCUUAAUGUGCUAUUCAAUAAGGCUUUUGGGGAUUUCACGGUGAACGUGCAAGGCUUAUCCAGGGGAAUGUUCCUGCUGAAAGCCUUGUAUUGGGGUCAACAAGGCGCAAGAGAAAACUAUUUACUACAAAUCCAGAAUAUCGUGGAUCAUGGCUAUAAAGUACUUGGGAGGCCUAUUCUGAUCGGAGAGUGCGGUAUACCCAUGGACAUGAAUCGAAAGGAGGCAUUCGAGAGCGACAACUGGAAAUGGCAGGAAAGGAUGAUGGACGCUAUGAUGACAGGUCUUGAGAGAUCCCUGGUCGGAUUUACGCUGUGGAACUAUAACCCCGACAACAAUGACGUUCGAGGCGAUGACUGGAACGGGGAAAAUUUCUCUUGGUUCAGUCGAAGGCGUGGAUUACCUCGAUCACUGCUCGAUUUGGACCAAUCCUCAUUCACACUAGAUAACGGUGGCCGCAUCUUGUCGUCUAUCGUCCGACCAUAUGCAGCAAAGACCGCUGGUAUACCCACCCGGUUCGAGUACGAAAUGAACACAGGCACAUUCAUUUUCGAGUGGAGGUCACCCGAGUCCAAGGACAAUAUCGUUCUUACUGCUCGAGAGACUGAAAUUUUCGUACCGUCCCUCAUCACCUACGGGAGGAAGCUAGUGGUCUCGGGCCUCAGUGCUGGCGAUAAGUAUACUUAUGAUGAAACCCGACAGACUCUUUUCAUCGUUCCUCGAGAUGGUAGUUCCGGUAGGAUGCACAAGAUAACCGUUUCGGUGGACCCACCGCUCAGCCCUCAAUUCGAGGUCAAUACCUUUUGGGGUGACUUUGGAGAAGCUAUCUUAUCUGGACUAGUGGUAUUUGUGAUUCUAUUCGUGAUUAUCAAGUACUACUUGUAUAUGUGAUGCUGGGGUCACUUGGACCGGCGGUAUCUAGAUUCCACACCUCCUCAAUUUUAUCGUCAAAU